UGUAGUUGGUUUGAUGAGGAGUUUUUCUCCCUCCACUCUUUGAACAAUAUACCUCUAAUACUAUAUGCUAUUUUGCUUGCCAUUUUGAUUCUACAUCCAACCUUAAUUUUUUUCAAUAUGUCUUCCAUUCUACCUCAAAACCAUGUCAUUAGAACCUCACAACGAUCGGAUGAAAUUGGGACGAUACAGGGAAGAUCCUCACAUCCUGAUAAGAUCAUAGCGAAUUAUGAACCACCCACUUCCAUCACAAAAACUGGAACUAGUACAAAAAGUGUACUCAAUGACCCGAGUUCACAGUCCACAUGGGCUCAUCGAGCAUGGAUGGCAAGUGGGUUCACAAUCGUGCUAAUUUCUCUAACACGAUCAGGCACAGGAGCCAUCGACUCACAUACAUGGGUUGGACCCCUUAUAGCAGGACUCAUCGGUUAUGUCGUAUCAGACUUAGUUGCCGGAAUCUUCCACUGGGCAGUUGACAAUUACGGCAGUGCCAAAACCCCUAUAUUCGGUAGACUAAUUGAUGCAUUUCAAGGUCACCAUAAAUGGCCAAGAAGUACCACCCGAAAUCAAUUUGCUAAAAAUCUUCAUGAGCUCGCACGUGGAGUGACUUUAAGUGUCCUCCCGAUCAACCUUCUCUGUAACAAUCCGAUGAUUCUGGCUUUCGUGGGAGUUCUUUCGGGUUGCCUUAUGUUCAGCCUGCAGAUUCAUUCAUGGGCUCAUGGCACAAAAAGUGAGGUACCUUCAAUCGUGUUAGCACUACAAGAUGCUAGAAUACUUCUUUCGAGGUCAAAUCACGCCGCGCAUCAUUGCCCCCCUUACAACAAGAGUUACUGCACUGUGAGUGGAUUAUGGAACCAGUAUUUGGAUAGAUAUAAGGUUUUUGAGUUGCUCGAGAUAAAUUUCUUCUUUAAAUUUGGAGUUCGGCCACGGUCUUGGGAUGAACCAAAUUCAGAAUGGACUGAAGAAACAGAGACACUUGAACCUAUGCCUGCUUCAUAUUGAAUUCAAUUAGUCCCUAUUGCCGCUUGCUACUAUAUAUAUAUAUAUAUAUUAGUUUUUUCAUCUACAGUCUAAACAAGAAUGGUACAGGAUAAAUGUUUUUAAGGGUUGUCUAGUAGGGUGUAUAAGAAUGGUAUUGAAUAAAGUAAUUAGUAAUGUUUGGAUUAGUCAUGUUGGCGUUAUUAUUUAUCCAUGGUUUGGUUUAUUGUAUUAAAUGAAAAGGGUGCAUUAGAAUAGGAAUAGUACUG